ACCUGACUCAUCAAUCCUCCUUUAUCCACAAAAAAACAGAACACUUCAACCCUUUCUCCUUUAUCCAUAAAAACACUGGCAGAGUUAGAGAUCCAAUCGGAUUCAGAUCGCUUGAUCGGAUCCAAGUCGAGACGCAGUUGAGAGCCAUACCAACCCUCAACCGCCAAACCGGAAAUUGCACGCUCAUUAAGGCUUCUUGGUUUAGUCAAUGGUCUCUCUCUCCUACCCUCGAACUCCCCGCCCUCGAUUCUUCCGCCUAUUGUCUGACCUUUCUCAAACCUUCUGCUACAGCUGAUUUCUAAUGAUUUUGAACUCCUUUUAGUUAUAAUUGCUCGUAAUUUGAGAAGUUUCGGGUGUUGAUUUCAGGUUUUUGUACUCUGGUGCUAGAUUUUUUCUUUCAAUUAAUCUUAAUUUUGGCUGUCUUGGGUUGUAUUUUUUGGAGGUUUCAGUUCUCAACUUGGGGAACUUGAAAAUGGCGUCUUCGUUUCACUCUCCAGUUACAUUACCUGCAACAAAUGCUUCGGAUCUUUUCCAAAGUUCGAGAAAUGGUGUUAAUGGUGUUCCUUUGAAAGCCCUGGGUAGGUUGCGGUUUGGGUUUGUGAAGAAGGAUUUUACUGUCAAUGCGAAGAUUAGGAAGGUGAAGAAGCAUGAUCGUCCAUGGCCAGAUGAUCCAGAUCCUAAUGUCAAAGGGGGGGUACUUACUCAUCUUUCACAUUUCAAGCCUUCCAAAGAGAGACCCAAGCCAGUUACGUUGGAGUUUGAGAAACCGCUUGUGGAUCUGGAGAAGAAGAUCAUUGAUGUGCGAAAAAUGGCGAAUGAAACUGGUCUGGACUUCAGUGAUCAGAUUCUCUCAUUGGAGAAUAAGUACCAAAAGGCGCUGAAGGACUUAUACACACAUCUGACCCCGAUACAACGUGUGAAUAUUGCUCGUCAUCCAAACAGGCCAACUUUUCUUGACCAUGUGUUUAACAUGACUGACAAGUGGGUUGAACUUCAUGGAGAUCGAGCAGGUUAUGAUGAUCCUGCUGUUGUUACUGGUAUUGGAACCAUAGAUGGUAGAAGCUAUAUGUUCAUGGGACACCAGAAAGGAAGGAAUACUAAAGAAAACAUUAAGCGCAACUUUGGAAUGCCUACUCCACACGGUUACCGGAAGGCUUUACGUAUGAUGUAUUACGCUGAUCACCACGGAUUCCCUAUUAUCACUUUCAUUGACACACCGGGGGCAUUUGCUGACCUUAAAUCGGAGGAACUAGGCCAAGGUGAAGCUAUAGCCCACAAUUUGAGGACCAUGUUCGGUCUGAAGGUUCCAAUUGUCUCUGUUGUUAUUGGAGAAGGUGGUUCUGGUGGUGCUUUGGCCAUAGGCUGUGCGAAUAAAUUACUAAUGCUUGAAAAUGCAGUUUUCUAUGUUGCCAGCCCUGAAGCUUGUGCGGCGAUCUUGUGGAAGAGUGCCAAAGCUUCUCCAAAGGCUGCGGAGAAGCUGAGGAUAACUUCUACCGAGUUGUGCAAGCUGAAAAUUGCAGAUGGCGUCAUUCCAGAACCUAUCGGUGGCGCACAUGCAGAUCCUUAUUGGACCUCACAACAAAUAAAAAUUGCAGUUGUUGAAGCAAUGGAUGAGCUCCUUACAAUGGACACGCCAGAACUGUUAAACCAUCGGAUGCUUAAAUUCCGUAGUAUUGGUGGAUUUCAAGAAAAAAUCCCAGUUCUGCCUGAGAAAAAAGUCAACAUGAAAAAGAAAGAUGUUCAAAAGGUAGAGAGUCGAGGAACUCCCGACCUUGAAUUGGCGGCUGAGGUUGAGAGGCUUAAACAUGAAAUUCUGAAAUCCAAUGGGUCAUCUACCAAACCUUCAGAGUUGGAUUUAAAUGAGAUGAUACUAAAACUGCAAAGGGAGGUUAACCAGGAAUUUUCUGAGGCAGUUAGAGCCCUGGGUUUAAGAGGCAGGCUUGAGACUAUACGGGAUGAGCUUACAAAAGCUAGAAGUUCGUCCAACCAACUUAUUGAUAUAGGUCUGAAGGACAAGAUAGAAAAGCUUAAGAAGGAGUUCAACCAGAGCUUAUUACAGGCCCCAAAUUAUGCUAGCUUGAGAACCAAGCUUGAUAUGCUGAAGGAACUAUCUGAGGCCGAGAAACUCUCCAAGAAGAGUGAUAAAAAAAUAGCAUUGAAGCAGGAAAUAAAUAAGAGAUUCAAAGAGGUCAUGGAUCAGUCAGAUGUAGAAAAGAAGAUUGAGGCACUUAAAAAUGAUAUGGUUAAUGCUGGUUUGUCCCCUGACAAGAAUCUAGAUGAUGAACUGAAGGAGAAAAUCGUGAAGGUGAAAAAGGAGAUAGAAUUGGAAUUGUCUGAUGUCCUCAAGUCCAUGAAGCUUGAUGUACUUGCUGUGCGAUCAAAAGCUAAAGACUCCAUUGAGCAAAAAUCAUUCUUGGAUUUACGGGUCAAAGUAGAUGAAUUCAAUGAAGAGAUAAGCAAAACCAUUGAAGAUGCUAUAAAUUCAUCAGAUCUAAAGAAUAAGAUAGAAAUGCUGAAGCUUUUGGUUGCAAUGGCUGGAAAGACACCUGACAUGGAGUUAAAAAAUAAGAUUGAGGCUCUAAAUGAACAAAUAAAGCACAGCCUUGCAGAGGCUAUAAGCUCCUCACAAUUGUUAGAAAAGCAUGAAAAGCUGAAGGCAGAGAUUGCAAAAUCCAUUGAAUCUAGAGGACUUGAUGGAAGUUUGAGCGAGGGACCCCUAAAUCACUCCUUUGCAUAAUUCUCAGGGGUUGUCCUUUGCUUUUGAAUGAUGAACAAAAUAGCAAAUGGUGGUUGGUAAACCAGUGAUUCUGCAAUAGUUGUUCCAAACCUGAGCUCCUGCCUUCCCAGCACCUUUUUGGGUGUCCAGCUUCCUCCCAGAUUCCGUCAAGGUUCUAUUUCAAAUAGGAACAACGAGAAGUGGCGUGGAAUUAAAAUUGGUUUUUCUGGGCUGGAUCUUCUAUUAUAGAUGUUCAAAUUAUUUGAUCAGUUUUGGUACCUUCUCUCUCUCUCUCUCUCUCUCUCUCUCUCUCUCUAUAUAUAUAUAUAUAUAUAUAUAAUUUUUUCUUUUGGGUUGGGGGUCGUGGUGAUAAGAAAAUUAUCUUGAUAGGGAAAUAAUUUAGUGCACAGGUGACAGGACUGGACUCUUCAGUUUUUUUCUUGGAAUAAGAAGGUUAUAUAAUAUUUUAAACUCCUCC